GUACCAGCAGCCGGAGUACAUAUUACCGUUCCCAGGAUGGGUUGUCUUCUGUCCGUGGUGGGAAUAUUUCCCUGAAGUCCUAAUGGUCGCCGCUGGGAAACCUCGUUUUUUCAUUCCGAACCAGUUUCCGAGUAAAAUCCCGUUCGGUUUCUGGAGUUUUACUGGUUCCGAGCGAUGCUAGUCCGUGUUUAAGCUAGCGACACGUUUCCGGGGAGUGGACGUCUGUGUAGUGGGGUAUCGUCCAAAUAUUUGGCGUUUAGUGGACUCGUUGGGGGAAAUUGUGUUUAUUUUGUUAACUUUUUAAGAGAAGCGUUAAGUAAAGAGUUCAGGAACAUGAAAGCAGCUGAGUCCAGGAGAAAACGGUUCUGAGAUGGUCCCGUUAUGACUGAACUGCUGUGGAUUUUCACCUGGCUGCCGCUGGCUCUGACAGCUGUGAGUACGCUCCCAGAACCACUAAACGUCAAAGUGACCUUGGAUCAGGCGGGUUACAUGCUGAGAUGGGAACCCGGAGCAGGAACCCCCAAUGGGACGUCUUUCAGCGUUUAUACCUUCAGAGGUAAACCAAUAUAUGAGUGGUUCCCGGUAUCCAGCUGCCAACGCGUUCAGAGUCCACUGACCUGCAACCUGACUGAAACAUUUGGGGACCUAGUGGGUAGCUUUAACAUCAAGGUGAUGGCUAACCUGGGGAACCGCACAUCCAACCCAGCCGAACUUGAAGAAUAUAAACCACUGGCCCACCUGCCGCUGCCCAGGCUGAACGUCACAUCCUGCAACACCAAACUCUGCCUGCGCUUCCUGCCUCCAUACUCGCGCUUCCAGGAGAUCUACGACAGCAUCGAAUACCAGCUUCAGAUCAAGAGCAGCAACACCGACGAACCCAAGAUCCUGGGCAUUCGUUCUCUGGCAAGCAGGGAAAAUGUGACGGAUCUGGUUCCGGGCAAAUCAUACUGCGUCUCGAUCCGGUUCAGCUACGACCUGUAUAAACUGUUGUCCAACUUCAGCCAGCCUGAAUGCAUUUCCGUCCCCGGACUCUUUUCUUCAGACGCAGUCAUUUCUGCAGUGCUGAUUAUAUUGGUGAUGGUCGGCUUCGCUGUCCUUGCUCUGCUGUUCUGGACCGGUUUCAUCUGUCUGAAACUGAGUCCGAUGCCUUCGGUUCUGACCUCCAUUUCUCACUUAGAAGAAGUGAAAGUUUCGUCCUGUGGAGACGCCCAGUCGUCUCUGCUGAACGUCAGGUCGAUGGCGCCCCCUGCAGGCAAGAGGACAUCCAGCAGUUCAGAGGAAUCAGACGAGGAGGGCUGCACAGAAAACUCCGGUAUGAGCUCCUCUGGAGCAAAUUACGCUCUGCAUCGGGGCGCCAACCCGCUCUCCUCCACCUCAUCAUCUUCAUCAUCCUUAUCUUCAGUUUGCAAACCGAACCCUCCACCCAACCGGACCCCAGACUCGCAGCACAAGGUUCUAGUUGUUAUAGAACAUCGGCCUGGAGGUGAACAGAAACCUAAUAGUUUAGAAAAAAGGAGAACUGAGGAAAAGGAGCCGGCGGUGAACGUUGGGCAGGAAGUGAACCUCCUCACUUUGACGUUCGGCUGGCCGGAGAAGCAGGAGGAAGAGGAGGAGGAGGAGGAAGGCUGCCCAGAUGUUCCAGAUGAGUUGAGCGCUCUGGCAGCUCCUCUGGUUCAUCCUCCUCAGCCUGCUGAUGAUGCCGCGGCGUCAUGCUGUACUGAUGAAGAUGAAGCUUACGAUGACUGCGACUACAUGUGCAGACAGGCGACGUGACGCGUCUCCGAUCCUGUCUGGAUCAGCUGGACUGACCCGGUUCUGGUCAGGAAUACCUUUCCACUCCGCCUUCUUUAAAACAAAUCUACAGACAGAUUUGUUAUCAAAUUGGAUCUUCUUGUGUCAGUUGCUGCAUGUUGGCACUUCAGAUCAUUUAGUGUAAGACCUUCAACCUCCUCAAAUUUUUUAUUUUUUUUAGAUUAACGAAGCUAAACGAAUAGAAACAUAAACGCACCAUGCGGUGGGCGCCUAACGAGCCACUCCUUGAUGAACCCGAACGCAGCCGAUGUUUUCCCUCAGGGCGACAAGUCGCUUGGAGCAUGUACAUGUGUGCUGCUCCGAGUCUCCAUGGUAACGGUUCAAACCGCUUUCUAGCCCCGGUUAGCGGCUGGAGUCUGUUCAGCCCACAAACU